GCGGUGACCGGCGAUAGACGCCCGUUCUGACGUGUUCAUCUGCAUUUUUCACAGGACUCGGCGGCCGACGGAAUCUGGCAUCGCAAACAUUGGGAUUGCGUCAUGAUCUGAGACGCCCCUGCCCCCACCUGUUAUCGGCAGUUUGGCAGUAGCGGUGACCGGCGAUAGACGCCCGUUCUGACGUGUUCAUCUGCAUUUUUCACAGGACUCGGCGGCCGACGGAAUCUGGCAUCGCAAACAUUGGGAUUGCGUCAUGAUCUGAGACGCCCCUGCCCCCACCUGUUAUCGGCAGUUUGGCAGUAGCGGUGACCGGCGAUAGACGCCCGUUCUGACGUGUUCAUCUGCAUUUUUCACAGGUUUGUCUUCACACAUUCACACAGUGUUUUCCUUUUCCUAUUUUUCUGCUGGUUGCUGCUACUGCCAAACUUGUCGUCGUAGUCAUGCUUUUCGAGGUGUAUGAGAGAUGAGUGUUUCUGGGGAGGACAUAUGCCUUGCUUGCAUGCUUACCCUAGAAACUACUGAUGCUAAAGUGAAAUGCAAAAAGUGUGGUAAUUCUUAUCACAUCGAACAGUGCUCUGGACUGACUGAGCCGCUUGAUAAGACGAGAAGUGGCACCAAUUCUCGCAAAAACUAUGUGUGUUCCACGUGUAAAACUGGUGCGCCAUGCGUCGGUGCAGGUGCCGCUGCUGCGGCUCGUCAGGAUUUUAACUUUGCUGUUGCUUUUGCGGAGUUAAGUCAAAAACUUGAUUUUCUAAUGCCACUAAAUGAAAAGAUGAACAGCAUUGAACAGGCAGUGCAAACAAUGUCUGAUCAUUUCGAUACCAUUCUGAAGCGAUUGGACAGCCAAGAUAAACAAAUUGAGCAGCUCCGUAAGAGAACUGAACAGUUGGAACGAGCAAGGCCUGACGAGGAACUACACCAGAUAAACUCUGACUUGAAUGACCUGGAAAUGCGUAGCAGGAGCCGAAACUUGGAAAUUCAUGGGAAACUUUUCAACGAGCACGAGAAUCUACUCCAAAAGAUAAACGAGAUAGCCAGGAUGAUCCAAGUUCCUGAGGUCAGCGAUCACGACCUUGAAGCUUAUCAUCGCCUUCCGGCGAAGGCAAAUAAGACCCCCGCCAUUAUCAUACGUUUUCAAAGCCAAAAGCUGAGGGAUAUGUGGCUGCAGAAAAGGCGAUUACUAAAGGAAAAGGAUGCAAACAUAUACUUUUCGGAAAACCUAACGCGCAGGGCAAGAACACUAUUGUGGACUGUGAAGCAAUGGGCUCGCGAUAAUGGCUUCCGUUACGUGUGGUAUGCAAACGGGAAAAUCUUCAUCCGCAGGAAAGAUGGCGAACCGUCCCAUGUUGUCAGGGACGCGAGUCAGCUGGCUAAUUUUACUGUGGUUAGGCACGUCAGCACAUAAUAUGUGAACAUCACGUCAAAAUGGCUAACAAUAGAUUCGUGUUGCCUUGCAACAUUCGCAGCGUCAUGCCUACCGAUUGGUUGGGCUCAUCAGUGAAAUGUUUUCAUUUGAAUGUACGAUCACUGAACAAUAAGGCUGAUGAACUGCAAAUUUUGUUAGACAGUUUUAACCUGUCUUUUGAUUUCGUCAUGGUAUCUGAGUCAUGGCUGAGCAGUAGCUUUUGUUUGCCAUCAUUUUCCACAUUUGCCGUCAAUCGUAAUGUGGGUCGUGGUGGAGGUGUUUGCAUUUUCGUUAAUAAGAAAAUCGAAUGUGAAUUGAUCUCGGAACUUUGUUGCAUGUCAUCUGCUGUUGAGGUUGUUUCUGUAUUGGCAAAUAAUACCGUUUAUUCAGUGUUCUACCGACCA